GUCCUAGGCACGAGGAGGCAAUGGGAGGAGUAAUUUGGACCUUUUAGUAAAUGAAAAGUGUGAAUAUGAUUCACAUUAACUCCUGGAAAGGUUUGUGGAAGGAAGUGUAAUAUGGCUACUGCUGGGAAAGUAAUCAAAUGUAAAGCUGCGGUGUGCUGGGCACCUAAACAACCGCUCAGCAUAGAAGAGAUUGAAGUUGCACCACCAAAGGCUCAUGAAGUUCGCAUAAAGAUUGUGGCGACUGGAAUUUGUCGUUCAGAUGAUCAUAUUUUAAAAGGGGAAAUAACUAACAUGAAAUACCCUGUGAUACUGGGCCAUGAAGCUGCUGGAAUUGUAGAGAGUGUUGGUGAAGGAGUAACAGAUCUGAAACCUGGAGACAAAGUCAUCCCAUUGUUUAUGCCUCAGUGUAGAAAAUGCAAAUGUUGUGUAAGUUCCGACACAAAUGUGUGCUGCAAAAAUGACAUUGGGAAAUAUAAUGGAGUACUAUUGGACAACACCAGCAGAUUUACCUGCAAGGGGAAACCUGUUCAUCACUUCCUCACUUCCAGCACUUUUACCGAGUACACAGUGGUUGAUGACAUUGCUGUUGCUAAGAUACACCAGGAUGCACCGCUGGAUAAGGUGUGCCUUAUUGGCUGUGGAUUCUCCACCGGAUAUGGCUCUGCUAUGAACACUGCUAAGGUUAAACCCGGCUCUACCUGUGCAGUAUUUGGCCUGGGAGGAGUGGGUUUGUCUGUGAUUAUUGGAUGUAAAGUAGCUGGUGCUUCUAGGAUUAUAGCAGUUGAUUUAAACAGUGACAAAUUUGCAAAAGCCAAAGAAUUUGGAGCCACUGAUUUUAUCAACCCUAAAGACUAUGACCGUCCUAUCGAUGAAGUGCUGACAGAGAUGACUGAGGACGGAGUGGACUAUGCUUUUGAGGUCAUUGGAAACACUGGAGUCAUGACAUCUGCUCUCAAAUCCACUCACUUUGGCUAUGGAAAAACUGUGAUUGUAGGUGUUGCUCCUUCAACCGCUACCAUUUCGUUUGAUCCAAUGCUAGUUCUAACUGGACGUGUUCUGACUGGAGCUGUUUUUGGAGGAUGGAAGAGUAAAGAUGAUGUACCAAAACUUGUGUCUGAUUAUAUGAAUAAGAAGUUUAACUUUGAUGGGCUGAUAACACACAGAUUACCAUUUCUGAAGAUCAAUGAAGGAUUUGAACUUCUGCGUAAAGGAGAGAGUAUCCGUACAGUGUUGACUGUUUGAAGAGCCUGAUCCCAGUCAUUAUCUAACAAAGAAAUCUCCACUGUUGUCUUCUUGCAAGAUGCAACCUUCAUUUAUCACAAGACAUUUUCAUUAAUUUCUAUUAUAUGACUGAAAAAUCUAAUAUUACAGAAUAUGGUGGGUGUAUGCUGUAUUUUCAAUAUAUCAUGUUAUUUGGAUACACAUUAGUAAAAUAUGCUUAAAGGGGUUGUCUAGGAUUUCUUUUCUUUUUUUAUUUUAUUUUAAAUCCUGUCUGCUAUACCUGUGGAGAAAACUAUACUCACCUACUACCCACUGCUCUGUUCCAUCUCCCUUCUCUGGUCUUCCAGUCCCUGUCUGCCCACUUCCAGAAUGACGGGCUACCACAUGCCGCUGCAGUCAAUGAUUGGCCUCAGGGAUGACAUGUCUUCAAGUGUUAUGUCACUGCUGUAUCACGUGCCGCUUGGGGUAGUCAUUGACUGUAACAGCUCACGUGACCUCAUCUAUCCAGAAGUUUACAGACAGAGACUAGAAGACCAGUGAAGGGAGUUAGAAUUGAGCAGACCCUUUUUCUCACAACUUCAGUGUUGAAAAGCUUAAAAAGUUGCAAAUUAUUGCGAACACAUGACAUGCUCCAUAAUUUGCAACAGUUAUGCCCCUAUAGUGGUGUAACUAGAUUGAUAAAUGUCUGUCUAUAUAUUCAUUUUGUGCAACAAAAAUAAAGAACAGGC